UUGGCAGCUUGGUUCAGACCGUAAUCGCAAAAAAAUUGAAAAAUGACAUCUGCGAGACAACAUUUUAAAAUUAAUAACACUUUGGUGUGCCUGCUCAAAACCGUCGAAGGCAAAAAGACUCAAGUGGAAUUGAGAAAUGAAAACGUUAUUGUCGGAACAAUUGCUUUCUGUGAUGGUUUUAUGAACUUGACUAUGAAAGAUGUUACUUUCAAACCGGUCAAAGGGAAAGAAUCCAAAUUCACCGACUUUUAUGUUCAGGGAAAACAGAUACGAUACGUGCACAUUCCAGAUGAAAUGGACAUUGUAAAGUCGAUGGAUCUGUUCGUGAAACAGAAGCACCAGCCUCCAGCGGUCCGUGGACGAGGCGGCAGGGGAGGGGGAGGCAGAGGGCGGGGACGAGGACGUUCAGACUCCUACCCAGCGGACGAUAGCCUAAAACGCGGAGGUUUUGCUUUUGGACAAGGCCGCAGAGGUGGAUCAAGUCAGGGCCAAAGACACUGAUAAUAGUGAUAUAUGGCCAAUUGUGAUAUUCUUCUCAAGUGACAAAUCAAAUGAAUACAUAUUAUUUUUAUAA